AUGAGUGAGAAUUUCCCUGUCCGCCCGUUGCUUCCCGAGGGCGCUUCAGAUCUUUCGGAGAACGAAUCGGCGACCUUCCACCACGACUGGGCUGUCUCAGGAUAUUCACACCCAUCUCCUGGCCUUCCUGCCAAUACCGAUCGAUUUCCCGGACGCGAUGAUCCUCAAAGUACCGGCAACCGACAUGGGAACGCGAAAGAUGCAGACAUACCGUGCUCCUAUGGCGACCGGAAACGCGAGAAAUUGCUCAAGCAGUUGGAGGAUCUUACCACACAAGUCAACACAUAUGAGACUUUACUGAGAGAGCUGUACCCGAGGUUGGAUCCUUCAUCGGCCCAACAUGUUGAUCAGACACUAGGGGGGCCCAUUAGUCAGGGUAAGUCCACACCCCGGAUGCUUCUCUUAAGUCCCCGAGGAGCAUUCCUUCCCAUUUUGACCGAACUCGUCCCUAAUUUUACGCCCAAGAAUGAUCAGAAUACUUGUGCAGGCUCGGAGCUGGGAGCUACGGGCUAUCCCAUGAUUACGAUUGAUCACACCGAGGAGGAUUUCAACCGCGAUGAAAAGAUCCAGGCUAUGGGUUUCGUGGGCGAGCAUUCGGAGAUGGUAUGGCUGUACAGACUCAAGCGAGACCUCGACCAAGACAGUGCAACUCCUGCCAGCGAUACCUCCGAUCGACCAUCCAUUUCAUCCCUGAACUACUUCCAAGACGACCGCGAAGAACUUGCUAACGCGCUCGUUGAUACCUACUUUGAAGCCGUGCAUCCUGCCUUUCCCGUCGUUGGCAAGACAAUUUUCCAAAGCCAAUACCAGUCAUUCUAUUCCAGUGCGAAUGUGCGUCCUGGGAAGAGGUGGCUGGCAGUUCUGAACUUGAUCUUUGCGAUCGCGUCGAAAUACUCUUUGCUUGCAGAUAGUCAGCCCCUGGUGAAUACUGGUGCGGACCUAUUGUUCUUCGCGCGAGCUUGGCGAUUAAGUCUUGGCAACGUGGCCCUGCUGGAUCAUCCCAAUCUGCAGCAGGUGCAGGUCGAAGGACUAGCUGCUUUUUACCUCCUUUCCACUGGCCAGGUCAAUCGGUCAUGGCGAAUUAUUGGUAUUGCAAUUCGAUCAGCGGUGGCGAUGGGUCUCAAUUUGAGGAAUGACAGCCAUAGUGUUGCUCACUUAUCCAAGGAGACACGGUACCGUGUGUGGUGGGCGUUAUUCAUGUUGGACACAGUCCUAUGCGUGAUGACCGGGCGUCCGCCCAGCUCCGACGAGGUGUUCUGCACUACUCCCCUUCCACUCCCCUACAAAGAGGAGGAGUUCCUGAACGAGCAAGUCGUACAACUCAUCGCCCACCAGGGCGUCCGCAAUUACCUCAUGAGCUCACUUCUACCCUCGCGUGACACUUCGUCUGGGUUCGCCAACGUCUCAACCGACCGGACUCCCGCCACCCAUGGAUCAGAGCAAGUUACACCCAACGUCUCGCUGUACUUCCUCUAUGCAGUAGACCUUGCGUUCCUCAUGCGGCAGGCCAUCGAGGCUUUAUACGCCCCCGGUGCUGCGAGGCGAUCCUGGCUGGAGAUGGAAACGGCGAUCAUGUCCCUCAACAAUCACGCCGACAAUUGGCUCGCCCACCUCCCUCCAGAAUUCGCCUUCACCGAACUAGAUGCCUCUCGACCUUUCAUUCGCCAACGCGCUAGUCUUGCCUUCCGAUUCUACACCACAAAGCUCGUCAUCUCCCAGCCUUGUCUCCGCCGGCUCACAAACGUACCCGCCAGCGGGCCAUUGGGAUCAACUUGUGACAAGAUGGCUGCCAUGUGCGUGCGAGUCGCCUCUCAAAUGCUUGAUCUUCUUCCCGACCGUGUUGAUGCAUCUUGGCUCUAUGGCGUCUCACCUUGGUGGUGUGUCUUGCACUAUGUCAUGCAGUCCACUACGAUUCUUCUGAUUGAACUCUUCACACGAACACAGCCGGGGACUUCUGAGGCUGUUGCUCUUGCGAAGAAAAUCCAGAAGGCUCUUCGGUGGCUACGCGAGAUGUCUACCAAAGAUGCAUCCUCGGAGCGAGCCUGGGUAGUCUGUAGGGAUAUUAUUUCCACGCAUGGCUUCAGAUUCGCCAUGGACGUUGAUUUCUGA